AUGCUCGCCCGGCAAGCCGCCCGUCCGUUCGUUCAGGCCGUUCGAAGUGGUCAUCACGCUCAUGGCCCACCAGCGCCCGUUAAAUUCACCGGACCCCAAACCCCGACAGGCUUCGUUCACGAUGGUUGGGCAAACGCUCGAAUGCCUUUCAACGUGCGCAACAAAUGGCUCUUCGCAACCAAGGCCACCAUCUUUCUAGCACUCGGAUUCUGGGCUCCGUUCGCUGUUGUGGAAUGGCAGCUUCGCAAGGCCAACGCUCAU